UGUAAACACAAGCGGGGAAGUGAGUGAUGGAGGAAGCGGGGCUGCUAAAGCAGCGCGGUGAAGUGAAGAUAUAAAAGUCCUACUCGGCAUUUAAUGGUUUAUUUCUUAUUUAAAUUAAAAAAAGAUAUAUAUUCAUUUAAGUUGAUUUCAGGUUGGAAUUGAAGGCCAGUAGCACCGCUUUGCAGGAGUAAAUUAGCUUAGCACACACAGGCAGCUGAAGCUGCUCUGGCUGGCCAUGUGGUCCAAUUCAACCAAAGCAAAAGUGACUUAAUGACCAGGACUUCGGUGAUUUACGGUAUUUACGUUCGUAAUAACAUCAUCUAUAAGUACCAGGAUGGUGACACCGCAUUCGAGGUGAAGCACCGAGGUUGAACGAGAGGGGAUGUGAUGGAUCGGGAGCACCGCGCUGAAGAACGGGGCGCUCCGAAUGGAAACGCAGCUGCGGAGAGGAGUGAAGAGGAGGGCGCUCGGACUGAGAGUGACCGGGACGCGGAGUCGGAGCGACGUCUCAGCAUCAGCUUUUGCGGAGACGCGCCUUUCCUCUGGAGGGUGGGCGACAUUAAGAGAGCCAGGGAGGAGGACGGGGUGGUCGGGGCUCUGGUGGGCUCUCUGGCCAGGCAGCCGAGGCAGAAUGUGCGGUUAGGGAGACCGCUGGAGGUCCUUCAGGAGGAGGCGUGUUUGCUGCUGGAGAGACGGAGAGCUGCUGCUGUUCGACAUAAACACAAACAGGAAAAUGAAGAAAGCCGUUUGAAGGCUGUUCAGGAGUACCAGGCCAGACUAGAGCGCAGUUAUGAGGAGCAGUGCUAUCUGGCCCUAGAGGACAAGAAAGCAGUGCUGCAGAGAGUAAUGAAUGAGAAACAGAAUGAUCACUCAGGUAAUGGGGACACAGAGCGGGCAGUGAGAGAGCGUCUCAGCUCCCUGGAGAAAAGCUUUUGCUUCCCCCGUUCCUCCAUGGCAGUCCAGCUCUGCACUGCCCGCGCUGGUUUCGGUCACUGCCCUGAAGAAGUCGGCUUCCUGGCUGCCGACUGGCCAAUGCCUAGAGACAAGCGGUCGGAGACGAGGUUCCGGGUGUACAGGGACCUGAGGAGGAAGGGUUUCUACCUGACUUCAGCGGGGAAGUUUGGGGGAGACUAUCUGGUGUAUCCAGGUGAUCCACUCCGUUUUCAUUCCCACUUCAUUGCGUUGUGCCUGUCUAUGGAUGAACAUUCACCGCUCUGCGAUAUUCUUGCUAUAGCACGCCUGGGUUCCAAUGUGAAGAAAACGGUGCUGCUUUGCUCCCCACGAGAUCCCAGUGACGGUGAAGUGGAGGAGGAGGUUGUGUAUUCUUCUCUUCAGUGGAGUGGAAUGGUAUAGCAGAGCCUUUCAGCCAUUCACCCCAUCCUGCAAGCUGAGUUCAUAUUAAUAAAACUACUAAAUUCAAACCAAAAA